UACCGGUCGGACAUCAUUACAAUCGGCUUUCUGUUUGAUAUUUUCCACCGUGAGUUACCGUUAAAUAUUUCUCCGCUCGGUUGUUGUCGUGUUAGUUUAAAGUUUCCCGCUGAAUCCAAACGUUACCGGACACUCAGCGGCGGAUUAAACGGACAAAAUAAACCCGGUGUGAACGGUUUGAACCCGGAGCGGCGGAGUGAGUGAACCGCUACAUGCUACGUGUACAGUAACAACCUGAGCUAACAGACAGACACACAGACAGGCAGGGAGACAGACAGACAGACUGAUAUGGAGUCGGGACAGAGCGGGUAGAAAACACGGAUUAUUAACCGUAUCAAUGUUCACAGUCGGUGCCGGUGAAGUGGCGGGAGGCUGUGUGAGCAGUUAGCACAGUUAGCUCAGUUAGCAUGGAGGACAGAAACAACACGGACUGAUUCCUGUUUCUGACAAAGUUUAAGUUUCUGUCGUCUGUUUGUGAAUUAAAGUGAAGUCAUAAACAUGAUGUACUCGUCGAGGAGAAAACCUGUGCUCUACUUCAAAGAGGAGAGAAGAAGUGAGAUGUGUAAAGUUCCUCAUCAGCAGGAGAAGUUCCUGUCUGCUAAGUGUACGGUCUACAAGCUGUUCGGCCUCUGUAUGGUGCUGCUGCUCGUCUCUCUCUUCUGGCUGCAGCUCAGCUGUUCAGGUGGCAUGCAUGAAGACGGGCGCCUCACCAAUCAGCCGCCGUGCCUCAGGGCCGACAGUCCGACAUCUACAGUGGACGACCCCUCCUGGGGUCCUCACAAACUGGCCCUCAUCGUCCCCUUCAGGGAACGCUUCGAUGAGCUGCUGGUGUUUGUUCCCUUCAUGCACACGUUCCUCAACAAGAAGAAGAUCCGACACAAGAUCGUCGUCAUCAACCAGGUGGAUCACUACAGGUUUAACCGAGCGUCUCUGAUCAACGUGGGUUACCUGGAGAGCGGUAACGACACGGACUACCUGGCGAUGCACGACGUGGACCUGCUGCCUCUGAACGACGCUCUGGACUACGGUUUCCCCGAGGAGGGACCGUUCCACGUGGCCUCACCUGAGCUGCACCCGCUGUACCACUACAAGACCUACGUGGGAGGAAUCCUGCUGCUCACCAAGAAACAUUAUCACCUGUGUAACGGGAUGUCAAACAGGUUCUGGGGUUGGGGCAGAGAGGACGACGAGUUCUACAGACGCCUGAGAAAAGCUGAGUUACAGCUGUUCAGACCGAGUGGAAUCACCACAGGAUAUAAAACCUUCCUCCACAUCCACGACUCGGCCUGGAGGAAGAGAGACCAGAAGAGAGUCGCCUCUCAGAAACAGGAGCAGUUUAAGGUGGACCCAGAUGGGGGGCUCACUAACCUCCGAUACCAGGUGGAGUCCAGACAGGAGCUGACCAUCAGCGGCGCUCCCUGCACCGUCAUCAACACCAAACUGGAGUGUGACCAGGACCAGACGCCCUGGUGUGUCCUGGCGUAGAGGACGCACGCAGGACGAGUGUCCAAGUCCCGACUGUUUCACCUGGAGGCUUUAAUGCUUUUUAUCUUGCGGUGCUACACAGAUCCUUUACGCUACGCGCUGGUCGUGGUUCUACUUUCUUUCGGACGCCGCAGCAGCAGCACUGAUGGAUCUGCAGCUGGAGCAGUGAAACCAAACGAGGCUGCACUGAGCGACGGCACAAACACACGUGAUUAAUUCAAUCUUGCGCUGACACAACCUGGAGUUUAACAUCUGUGAGGAUCAAACCAACAACAUCAGGAACAUCUGGAGAAUAAAACCAGUGAAACGUUUUCGGUGUGUUAAAACCUCCUGAUGACGGUUUCAGUCACAGAACUUUAUCGACACAAACAGGAAGCUGGUGACUGUUUGACUUCAGAGGAUGGAGACGGACUGUUACACCAAACUGAACACGGCCCAACCUGAGCUGGUUCAUUAGAUUAUUUCGGGGGGGUUGGUACCUGCUGGCGUGGAGUGAACGCAAACUUUAAAGUCUAUUUUGUUUUACUGGGAUCGUGCAAACGGAGCAGAGGUGGUACAGAGACGCUUCACCAGAGAUCAUCUGCCAAACAAGCAUCAUACUGUAACCUCAGACGCUUUAUUUUAGCUUUUUAUCAUGUGGGAGAAAUUUUAUUCUUCACAAACAAAAGUAUUUUACAAAGCUUGACGACUAACGUCACAAGUGUUUCAUGGUAUUUUAUUUUGCUGCUGUUGAAAUGAAGAGAGGGAGGUGUUAACGCUGACCCUCUUAUCGAACACAGAAACAGGAAAUGUGUGAAUUUAAUUUUUUUAAUCACCACAGGAAAAAAACUGAAGUUUAUUUUCAGAUCUGUUUCUCAUAAUCACCAGAAAACUGUGACGAGUUUCUAAUUAUGAGAAAACGUUCCCAGAUGAAUUUUCUGUGCUGAAUGUGUUUGUGUUCUCUACAAAGUAAACUGAGCCAAACUGAGCCGAACCAGGCUGAACUGAACUGUAGCAGAUCAUGACCUCAGCAUUUCAUGAUCGGAAACAGAAAUUAAUUUUCUAAUCCAGCAUCAGUGGGACAGAUUUGUUUCAGCUUGGGAAGGAACCAAAGUGUCCUGCAGACCAUCCAGUCACACGUAGAGCCACAGUCUGCAGAUGAACAGCUAAAACUAAUCAUUAUCAGUUAAUUAAUCUGAUUAUUAUCUUGGUUUAUUGAUCAAUGAUUUGGUCUGUAAAAGUCAGAAAAGUGAAUAAAGUUCCAGCGACCGAGGUGUAUAUAAAACUGAUGAAAACAGUCUCAGCUGGAGCUUUUGAUCACAUCACAUGACCUGUUGACUUGUCGUUACACAACUUGCGGUCCAAACUUUUAAACCAACAUGAGCGAAUAAAGUCCCGUAAGAAAAAAAGGAAAUCUGAGCGUUUACAAUUUGGAAGUGAGCAAACUCAUCUGCUGACGAUCAUGUGAUCAAAAGUUAAAGGUGACUGAAUCUUCUGGCCUUGUGACAUGAAAUAGCUACUCAGUUAAAAUAAAAAUCAACCAGUCAGCACCACGACGGGACCAACGCCGUUGUCUUGCUGUUGUCAGGCAGGAAGCCAGAACCAAUGAGGAGUAAUAACAAAAAUGCUGAGUGCAAUAAACAAGACAGAUGUUUCUAUAGAGGCCACUCUAAAUCAACAUAUUCUCUUAAUGUAGUUUGUUCUGACUUCGCUCUGCUUCACUCUCAAAAUAUCGACGAAAACAGGUAUGUUGCCACGACUACACAUUAGCGUGGAGUUAAAUGACAGUAGAUUCAGGCGGAUACGUUGCUCUCUAGUUAAUAGUUUGGAGGAAAUUGAAUCUCUGUCCCCCGAAGAAACUGGUUUUAAUGGAGGCAACGUGCCAACAACAUGCCAUGUCUUUAACCUCCUGGAGCGUGUGACUGUUAUAGUGACUUUAAAAAACGUCUUUUCAAAGUCGUGUGUUCAGUCGACAUCAGACAAUCACUGAAACUGGAAGUGGAGAAUUUACAGCGCUUUAGUUCUCGAUAAACUUUCUGUGUCGACCAAAUGUAAUCUGAUUUAAUCUCUAGCUGGUUCUUUGGUUCCUUCUCAGUCGAGAUGUUUUGUCCUAAAACUGUUGAAAAAUAUAUUUUAAUAUUCACUCAUUACUCAUUUUAUAUCUAUUUUUUCUUCUUCAAAUUUCAUCAGUCGUUUAUUCCACGAGCAGUAAAGAGAGAAACUGAACUGAUGCUGUUUACCUCCUGAUUGUUUCCUACUGUUACUGUGAGAGUGUUGAUUCAUAACACAAGCAUGAUGACGACCAUGAUGAUGAUGAUGAUGGCGAUGGCGUUACCUGUUGUCCUAAAGUUUCAUUGGUUGCCCCGCUGAGAGAAACCAGGUGGGAGUGUAUUUAUUUUUGGAUGAAUCUUCUUUUAAUGUAUUUUUGAUUAUUUUUCAAAUGUUUGUUCAACUCAUUGUUUUUUUUUUAGUUUUUAUAAACAAAGACGAGUCGUCACAACAGGCCGCCGCUAGAGUUUAAAUGACACAAAACAAAACCGAUGAGAAUUAUAAUUUAACUCUGUCUUCACUUUACAAACAGCAGAAUUUAGUCGUUGUCAGGAAGGAAGCUGUUCGUUAGUCACUCACUCUACAGCAGGAAACAGCACUUCAAAAUAAAAGCUCUGUGCCGGAAAUUCACUGAACUUCAAAAUUUAGUGCGUUUUUUUACAAACUUGACACUUGCGGUUUAAUCAGAGUGGACCUGUGACCCACCAGCCGGGAAACACUGUACCAAACUGUAAUCAUUUAGAUUAAUUUGAGUUUGAACUCAUAAAAUUACCUUAAAAGUUUCCAUCAACGUUUAGAAAAUGUCUUUAAACGGUUAUUUCAAAAUAAGACGUCAGUUAUUAUCAGCUCGUUUACAGGAAGAUGCACAAUGUGGAGUUAAAGUCUCAACAAACAAACCAACACAUUUCCACAAAUCUAACUUUUUCUCUGGGUUACAUCUCCGGAUGGUGUCGUUAGAUCUUAACGAUCCUACAGCUCUUACUGAUACAGCUUAUUGAUGUGGUACUUUAACGGCUCUCUUACCAGUUCUUUUUGGGUUUUUUAAAAGAACUUAUUACUUAAUUUUCCUACAGUUGUUGCUGGAGCUCUUUUCCUUCUCCGUGCACUUUGGAUGUCCGUCUGCAACUAACAACCAGUCUGUCUGUUAUUUUCUUCAUUAAUCGUUAAAUGUCAGAAAAUGGUGAAAAAUGUUAAUCAGUGUUUCCCAAAGCCCAAGAUCACUUCAGAAAUGUCUUGUUUUGUCCAUAACCCAAAGAUAUUCAGUUUACUGUCACAGAGGAGCAACAAAAGCAGAAAAUAUUCAUAUUUAAGGAGCUGAAAUCAGAAAAGUUUGACUUUGAAAAUCACUCAAAACGAUUAUUUAAUUAGUUUGUGAUUGAUUUAAUACUUUGAAACAAACCAAUCAAUCGCUGCAGCUCUGCUUAAAGGUAAAGUUUUGCCUGAAACCUCUCAUUGCUUCUUUUAGGCGUAACCAUCACCAGAAAUGUUAGCUGUGUUUGUUUGGUGGGAAGCUGGUGAGGGAUCUCGUGUUUGUUUUACAGCUGGAACUGGUUUAAUCUAAUUUAUCAGUAUUUGUACUGUAAAGACACAGAAUUUGGUUAAGAAAGAAUGUGUCCAUAUAAAUAUCUCGGCUGUGUCUAAUUCCUGGAUCUGUUUCAGUCUGGUCUGAUGUUCUCUGGUUCUCUGCUUUUGUUAUGUGCCGGUCGGCCUCCAGAGGGCGCUCUGAGGUUUUACAGGCCUGUGAUGUCACUGAUUUUAUUUUCCAGAGAUGACGGUACCAUGUAUUUGUACGAUAUUCAGUAUUUAUAUAAAUCUG